CUUAGGUAUCGUGUGGCUGCAGGACAGGACCAGAAAUCUAAGCUCUAGAGCUGUAGCCGCUGCCCCCUCGUUUGUGCAUCCUUCAAACAAAUUUUAAGGGGCAGUUGUCAUAAAUUGGGGGUGCCUCUCGAUGGCGGGAUCCAGCGGAGACACAGAGCCAGAGAGCGCGUGGGUGGAUAUCCGGAGAGUUUUCUGCUUCAGUUGAGGAGUGGGGCGAACUCCUUUGAUCGAUGGAAGGAAAAGCAGAGUUGAAGGAUUUGAGCAUCAUCUGCAGGCCAGAGGGAAAGCGAUUUGGAAUGUGGUUGUGGAUCGGAAUAGAUCUGUGCCAGAUGAAUUUCCUCAGACUGCACCCGCGGCAAAUCGGUGACCCCUCUGGUUUAGGCCGAAUUAUCUAGCCAGGUGGCAAUCAUGAGUGAAUGGAUGAAGAAAGGCCCCUUAGAAUGGCAAGAUUACAUGUACAAAGAGGUCCGAGUGACAGCCAGUGAGAAGAAGGAGUAUAAAGGAUGGGUUUUAACUACAGACCCAGUCUCUGCCAAUAUCGUCCUUGUGAACUUCCUUGAAGAUGGCAGCAUGUCUGUGACCGGAAUUAUGGGACAUGCUGUGCAGACUGUUGAAACUAUGAAUGAAGGUGACCAUAGAGUAAGGGAGAAGCUGAUGCAUUUGUUCACGUCUGGAGACUGCAAAGCGUACAGCCCAGAGGACCUGGAAGAGAGAAAGAACAGCCUAAAGAAAUGGCUUGAGAAGAACCACAUCCCCAUCACUGAACAGGGAGAUUCUCCCAGGACUCUCUGUGUGGCUGGGGUCCUGACUAUAGACCCACCGUAUGGUCCAGAAAAUUGCAGCAGCUCUAAUGAGAUUAUUCUGUCGCGUGUUCAGGAUCUUAUUGAAGGACAUCUUACAGCUUCCCAAUGAGAGGCCAGGAAGUGUGAACAUACUGAUAGAAAAAGACUGUUUUUUAUCCCUCAUAAAAUGCUUUGAAUGUAAAGGCACAUGACUGUGUGUGUGUGUGUGUGUGUGUGUGUGUGUGUGUGUAAUUCUUUGUUGUUUUGGUAAAAUCGGAGUGGGUUAUAAGUGCUAAUUUCCUUGGGAAAUUAAUGAACCAGGGCAAGUAUAGCAUCCCAUGCAUAAAAUUAGCACAGAGGCCGGGCAUGGUGGCUCAAGCCUGUAAUCCCAGCACUUUGGGAGGCCGAGGCGGGCGGAUCACGAGGUCAGGAGAUCGAGACCACGGUGAGACCCCGACUCUACUAAAAAUACAAAAAAUUAGCCGGGCGUGUUGGCGGGCGCCUGUAGUCCCAGCUACUUGGGAGGCUGAGGCAGGAGAAUGGCAUGAACCCGGGAGGCGGAGCUUGCAGUGAGCCGAGAUCGCGCCACUGCACUCCAGCCUGGGGGACAGAGCGAGACUCCGUCUCAAAAAAAAAAAAAAAAAAAAAAAAAAAAUUAGCACAGGGACAUUAGAAUUGUAUGGGUCUUUUCUUUUUUUUUUUCUUUUUUUUUUGAGAUGGAGUCUUGCUCUGUCACCAGGCUUGAGUGCAGUGGCGCAAUCUGGGCUCACUGCAACCUCCGCUUCCCAGGUUCAACUGAUUCCCCUGCCUCAGCCUCUCAAGUAGCUGGGACUACAGGCACAUGCCACCACGCCCAGCUAAUUUUUUAUAUUUUAGUAGAGACGGGGUUUCAUCUGUAUGGGUCUUUUCUUGUCAUGGGGUUACGCCCCCAUUUUUGUUAGGCAAGAAAAGCAUUUGGAAAAAAAUGUAACAUGUUAGAUUCAAUAUAAAAUAUUAUGGUAAGAUCAUGGUCUUGUUAAGUCUCUUCACUAACUGUAUAUGUCUGUUUUUAAAAGAUUUGUCUUGGCCGGGCGCGGUGGCUCACGCCUGUAAUCCCAGUGCUUUGGGAGGCCGAGGCGGGUGGAUCACGAGGUCAGGAGAUCGAGACCAUCCUGGCUAACACGGUGAAACCCUUUCUCUACUAAAAAUACAAAAAAAUUAGCCGGGCGUGGUGGCAGGCACCUGUAGUCCCAGCUACUUGGGAGGCUGAGGCAGGAGAAUGGCAUGAACCCGGGAGGCAGAGCUUGCAGUGAGCCGAGAUCGUGCCACUGCACUCUAGCCUGGGUGACAAAGCGAGACUCCAUCUCAAAAAAAAAAAAAAAAAAAAAUUUAUUGUGACACAGCAUUACCUAUUGAAUUACUGUUUUCUGUUUUUUUUGUGGGUUUUUGUUUUGGUUUUUGAGAUGGAGUUUCACUCUUGUUCCCCAGGCAAUCCACCAGUGCAAUGGUGCAAUCUUGGCUCACCACAACCUCCACCUCCCAGCUUCAAGCGAUUCUCCUGCCUCAGCCUCCCGAGUAGCUAGGAUUACAGGCAUGUGCCACCACGCCCCGCUAAUUUUGUAUUUUUUUAGUAGAGAUGGGGUUUCUCCAUGUUGGUCAGUCUGGUCUCAAACUCCCGACCUCAGGUGAUCUGCCCGCCUUGGCCUCCCAAAGUGCAGGGAUUACAGGUGUGAGCCACUGCACCCGGCUGUUUUUUGUUUGUUUGUUUAUUUUUGAGACAGAGUCUUGCUCUUGUCACUCAGGCUGGAGUGCAGUGGCACAAUCUCGGCUCACUGCAACCUCUGCCUCCUGAGUUCAAGCCAUUCUUCCUCACGCCACCCCCCUCCCAGUAGCUGGGAUUACCAGGCACAUAGCACCAUGCCCAGCUAAUGUUUGUAUAUCUAGUAGAGACAGGGUUUCACCAUGUUGACCAGGCUAGUCUCGAACUCCUGACCUCAUGAUCUGCCCGCCGUGGCCUCCCAAAGUGCUGGGAUUACAGGCAUGAGAGCCUCCGUGCCUGGCUUUUUUUUUUUUUUUUUUUUUUUUUUUUUUUUUUUUUUUUUUUUUUUUUUUUUUUUUUUUUUU